GUCAACAUCACCAACCUAAUAACUUUGCCAUCUAUAAAUUAUUUUCAAUCAAUACAACAAUCACCAUUCAACAUUCAACAACCAAAGAACCAACCAACCAACAGUACCUGUAAAACUAUCAAUUGAUAACACUACAAAAGCAUCAUAAUCAUGGCCUUUACCAUGCGCCAACCUUUCAAACUAACCAGUUCGCUGGCUAUAGCUUCCAAAACUGCCCUUCGAUCCACCCCCGCGCGAGCUUUUCAUUCCAGCAAACCAACAACCUCUUUCUUCACUUCACGCACCGCAUCUCCCACCAGCACUCUUGUCAAAGCUCGAAAUGCAUUCAAAGGAUCGAGAACAUAUCUGCAGCAACCAGCUGCAGUGCAGAAUCCAAAUGGUACUUUGAUGCAGAAAUUACUCGUGGGUGGUGCCAUGUUUGGAGGAACAUUGUUUGCUAUCAAUAUGGUAUGGUAUCUUGUUCUUCUUUCUCAUUCAUCAUCACUCUAUUCAAUUAAAUACAAGAAACUAACAAUCCGCAGGUUUUCAACCGCGAAACCCGUGAAGAUGGUGGGAUGCCCGAAUACGAACGCAGUUACCUAAAUGAUACAUUUAUGCACACAGGAAUCGGCAUUGGAAUCAUCGGUUUAUCUGCGCGCGCAAUGUUUCAAAGUGGUUUUAUUUACAGAUUGAUGGCUACUAAUCCAUGGGUGGUGAUGAUUGGUGGUAUUGGUUUGAGUAUUGGUACUAUGAUGGCUACUAGAGCUACGGAUCCUAGCAAGUGAGUUAUUUUUUAUCCCUCUUUUGAUAUUGACUGUUGGAUGUUUCGAAUUUAUAUGGGAGAGAGGCAAAAAACUAAUAUGUAAUAGUUAUGUUCAAAAAUACGCUCUCUGGACUGGCUUCAACGUAACUCAAGCCGCAUUUAUCGCUCCUCUCCUCUUCAUGGCACCACCCGCCAUCAUCGCUCGCGCAGGUCUCUACACAGUCGCCAUGAUGGGUAGUAUCUCUUUCGUCGGUGCAACCGCCAAACAAGAAAAAUAUCUCUACCUCGGUGGACCUCUACUCGCAGGUGUAGCCCUCGUUGCUGUUUCCGGGUUCGCUCCCCUUGUCCUCCCAGCUACAGCAGUUAGAACUCUAGCUUUCACCGAAAACAUUUUUUUGUGGGGAGGUCUUGCUGUAUUCGGUGGUUUCACACUCUAUGAUGUGCAAAAGAUUUUGGCACAUGCCAGGAUGGCGGAGAGAGGCAUGAUGAGGAGAGAUGCGGUUAAUGAGAGUAUUUCCUUGGAAUUGGAUUUCUUGAAUAUUUUCAUUAGGAUGGUGCAAAUUUUGAUGAUGCAAAAUAAUAGGAGGAAGUAGACUGGGUUGGUUGUGGAAUAGUAUAAUGAGAGAUGGAGAUUAUCAAGUUGGGACUUGUCACACAGGGGAAGGAAUAAGGAAGAGAAUGAUACGGCGAGGAUACAUGCAGUGGAUGAGGUUUACUAAAAAAUAGCUCUGCUCUUUGGGAUGAGAUGAUGGUUAGGUUAGGGAAGUCUACGGACUAUUUCUUUUACAGUUCUCCUCUCCUUCCUUUGGGAUACUGGGAAUUUGCCUGUUAGUGGGCGGGUAACAUAUAUUAAUUGAAAGGGAAAACAAAAACAGAAACAAAUAUUAAAAUAGUAAAACAUCAAAAUAAUAAAAUACCAAUAUCUAUACUCAUAUCGUCUGUA